CGUUCGCGCAAUGAAGCUGCUACUGCUGAGGCCAGGCCAAAAGCUCAUGCUUCUGUGAAGACCUGCAAGGAGCCCGCAGUGGCUCAGAGAGUAUCCCCCCAGAUUCUUCGGAUUUUUUUUUUUUUUUUUUUUUUUUUUUGAAGAGUCAUCCUUCCUUUCCCUCAAGAUGACAAACAGUUCUCUCUUCUGCCCAGUUUACACAGGUCUGGAGCCGUUCACCUAUUUUUUUUAUUUAGUUUUUCUUGUUGGAAUUAUCGGAAGUGGUUUUGCAACCUGGGCUUUCAUACAGAACAACACAAAUCACAGGUGUGUAAGCAUAUACUUAAUUAACUUGCUUACAGCUGAUUUCCUGCUCACUCUGGCAUUACCAGUGAAAAUCGUUGUUGACUUGGGUGUGGCACCCUGGAAGCUGAAGGUAUUUCACUGCCAAGUGACAGCCUGCCUCAUCUACAUUAAUAUGUACUUAUCAAUUAUCUUCUUAGCAUUUGUCAGUAUUGAUCGUUGUCUUCAGUUGACGUACAGCUCUAAGAUUUAUCGGAUACAAGAACCUGGAUUUGCCAAAAUGAUAUCGACCGUGGUGUGGCUAAUGGUCCUUCUUAUAAUGGUGCCCAACAUGAUAAUUCCCAUCAAAGACAUCGAGGAGAAGCCAAAUGUGGGAUGCAUGGAAUUCAAAAAGGAGUUUGGAAGAAACUGGCAUUUGCUGACCAAUUUCAUAUGUGUAGCAAUAUUUUUAAAUUUCUCAGCCAUCAUUUUAAUAUCUAACUGCCUUGUAAUUCGACAACUCUACAGAAACAAAGAUAAUGAAAAUUAUCUAUAUGUGAAAAGGGCCCUCAUCAACAUACUUUUAGUGACUACAGGCUACAUCAUAUGCUUUGUUCCGUAUCACAUUGUCCGAAUCCCAUACACCCUCAGCCAGACAGAAGUAAUAUCUGACUGCCCAACCAGGAUUUCACUCUUCAAAGCCAAAGAGGCCACGCUGCUCCUGGCAGUGUCGAACCUGUGUUUUGAUCCUAUCCUGUACUACCAUCUCUCAAAAGCAUUCCGCCUAAAAGUCACCAAGACUUUUGCUUCACAUAAGGAGACCAAGACUGCAAAAGAAAAAUCAAGUGGUGAGAGCAGUGCAUAAAAUAUGGGAUUUUUCAUGCUAUCACUUCCUGUCUCAGUGACAGUAAGUACUGGGAAAGAGAAAAGAUAGCCUAAGUAAAAGACAGCUACCAUAUGUGGCCUGCUUUACUCAGAAACUGUUUCUAAAUGUAUAUCGAGCAGCACCCUUGUGGUGCUUAAACCACGUUCAUACAAAAACAAAACAAAAAACCUAAAAAGUACUGCUGAACCAACACAACACCUUGCAUUAUCCUUGAAACCUAAAGAACUUUUAUGACACAGACUCAGAAUCAUUCAUGAAGUAUCCAUUUGAAUAUUGGGAACUGACUUCUUGAUAGAAAUAUGCAAAAUGAUCUCCAUGUAAGAUGCCAGAAAGCCCUUUGGCAACACGAUUUAAAACCAUUUAGAUCAUACUAAAUAAAAUCCAGCUGAUCUUUACAUGCAA